GAAAUUAUUGUGUGACGUCAUUUAAAAUGGCUGCACUAGAUAUUGGGAAACAUUGUGAAAUUGAAUCUUGCAAACAAAAAGACUUUCUACCAUUCGUAUGCAGCAGCUGUUCUGGAGUGUUUUGUUUGGAACACAGAGGCCGGGACUCCCACUCUUGUCCAGAGGUACUGGUGAAGAAAGAGAUUGGGUCUGGGGGAAGCAAAUCAUAUCCAUGUAGCUUUGAGGAUUGCAAAGGGAAAGAGCUGCUGCCUGUCAUCUGCCCACACUGUGAAAAACACUUCUGUCUCAUACAUCGGCAUCAGGAUGACCAUAAGUGUGAGAAACUGGAGACUCCUAAGCCUCGCAUGGCUGCAACACAGGAGCUGGUGCAGAAGAUAGUCGAGUCAAAGAAGAAUGCACCACCAAGUAAAGGCAGAAAAGGAGCAAAAAAUCCUGCAACCGCUGCAAAAGUUGCUCUGAUGAAGCUUAAAAUGCAUGCAUCAGGAGAUAAAGGCCUGCCACAGACAGAACGGACGUAUUUCCAGGUGUUUCUGCCAAAAGAAGCUAAAGACCCUAGUUUGCCCAUGUUCUUCUGCUCUAAGUGGAGUGUUGGCAAAGUAGUGGAUUUUGCAGCAUCUCAGGCCAGUCUGAAAAACAACAACAACGUGCUCACAGCCAAGAAACUCCGUUUGUGUCACCCUGAGACGGGUGAAGCCUUUAAGAUGGACACUAGCCUCCAGUCACUGCUCUCCAAUACAGACUGUCCUCUGCACAACGGAGGCAACGUCAUUCUGGAGUAUCUGGAUAACGAGAGCUCUGGUCUGGAUGAUGUGACAGCCUAUAUAUCUUCCUCCUGAGAGAAAAUCUCAUAACCAUUCAGUAGAGUUUUAUGGUAAAAUAAUUUGAUGAAAGUAGGAAACAAAGGGCGUCAGAUUGGAUUAUGUCUAUUAUAAAUAUACAUGAUUUGCUUAUUUUUAAUAAAUGGGUCAAUGGUAUGAUGCUCUUUCUUUUGUCCUGUUAUGUCCUGUUAUAUUCAAAAAUACAUAAACUCAAGAAUGCAAUUCAUACAAGAAAAGCCUUGAAUGUGAAUUACAUUUUAUUUUGAUACUUAAAACAGGGGCAUACAUAUCAGGGUGCUGUGACUGUUCACAAAAAAGAAAAAGCCUCAUUAAAAGAAUGACAUUCUUGACUUCACUAAGCAGUUUGACAGUCUUUUAUUAUUAUUUCAGAUCAGAUAAUCAGAUGUUUUAUGACAUAGCAAGGUUAAUGUCAGGUGACAUGCUUCAAAAACGUAAUGUUAUUUAAGUUGUUAUAUAAAGAAUUACUUUUUUUAAAUGAU